CAGCGGCGGCGGCGGCGCCCGGAGGGACGAUGAGCGGCGCGGCGCGGGCGGGCCCGGCCCGGCUCGCCGCGCUCGCUCUGCUGACCUGCAGCCUGUGGCCGGCGCGGGCGGACAACGCGAGCCAGGAGUACUACACGGCGCUCAUCAACGUGACGGUGCAGGAGCCCGGCCGCGGCGCCCCCCUCACGUUCCGCAUCGACCGCGGGCGCUACGGGCUCGACUCGCCCAAGGCCGAGGUCCGCGGCCAGGUGCUGGCGCCGCUGCCCAUCCACGGCGUUGCUGAUCAUCUGGGCUGUGAUCCUCAGACACGGUUCUUUGUCCCUCCUAACAUCAAACAGUGGAUUGCCUUGCUGCAGAGGGGAAAUUGCACAUUUAAAGAGAAAAUAUCACGGGCUGCUUUCCACAAUGCAGUUGCCGUAGUCAUCUACAAUAAUAAAUCCAAAGAGGAGCCCGUCACCAUGACUCAUCCAGGCACUGGAGAUAUCAUUGCUGUCAUGAUUACAGAAUUGAGGGGUAAGGAUAUUUUGAGUUAUCUGGAGAAAAACAUCUCUGUACAAAUGACAAUAGCUGUUGGAACACGAAUGCCGCCAAAGAACUUCAGCCGUGGCUCUCUAGUCUUCGUGUCAAUAUCCUUUAUUGUGCUGAUGAUUAUUUCUUCAGCAUGGCUCAUAUUCUACUUCAUUCAGAAGAUCAGGUACACGAAUGCACGCGACAGGAACCAGCGUCGUCUUGGAGAUGCUGCCAAGAAAGCCAUCAGCAAAUUGACCACCAGAACAGUAAAAAAGGGUGAUAAGGAAACAGACCCCGACUUCGAUCACUGCGCAGUCUGUAUCGAGAGCUACAAGCAGAACGAUGUGGUGCGGAUUCUCCCCUGCAAGCAUGUUUUCCACAAGUCCUGCGUGGAUCCCUGGCUUAGUGAACAUUGUACCUGUCCAAUGUGCAAACUUAAUAUUUUGAAGGCCCUGGGAAUUGUGCCAAAUUUGCCAUGUACUGAUAACGUAGCGUUUGACAUGGAAAGGCUCACCAGAACCCAGGCCGUUAACCGAAGAUCAGCCCUAGGCGACCUCGCCAGCGACAACUCCCUAGGCCUCGAGCCACUUCGAACUUCGGGGAUCUCGCCUCUUCCUCAGGACGGGGAGCUCACUCCCAGAACGGGAGAGAUCAACAUUGCAGUAACAAGUGGUCACUUCUUCCACCGAAACUCCUUGUCUCCUCGGAGCCUCGUGUACGAAAGUGAAUUCUCCACAAUUGAACCUUCCUUGGACAUGUAUGACGAGAACAAAACCUGAUUUUUUCUAAAUGGGCUCCGGGGGUCACCUCUUUUGUGAUUUAAAUUACAAUCACCUUUCUUAUUUUGUAUCUUUCUGUCAACGUCCAUUUUUGGAAGAAUGGCAGGGCUUUCUGAGUGCAGGUUGGGGCUCAGGGUUAAAUUGCAAGGUCCCCCCCAAGGGGAGGCUUUGAGGACAGCGUUAUCACCCAGGUGGCCUCGCAGGACUGAAAACCCGCCCCAAGCCGGCAGGAGAAAGCGGGCCCCAAUAAGCUUGGCUGUUUCCAGAGAAGAGCAGGGGCCGGUGGGGAAGAUGAGGGUUGCGUAGCAAACAUGUCUCUGAAUAAUCAUAUGCUUUUCUGUGUCAGGGUGA